CUCGCCUUCCCGUGGUGUCUGGGCCUGGCGGGCGGCGGCUGUGCUGGAUUCUCUCGUCCUCUUUUUUCUCGGGCGGGCGGCGCCUCUUCUCGCUUCUCCUCUUCCAUCCCACACGCCCGUCUUCCUCCCGUUUGUGGCGAAGGUGGUGGGGCAGCGCGGAGGGAGGCGCGCUCCUCGGUAGUCACUCCAGCGCACGGCCUCGGCGCCCGCAGAGCUCUGAGCGGCUGCACGGCUCCGGUCGGGCGCCCCCCUCGGCUGUUUCCGGGGGAAGGAAAAGCUCAGCUGCCCCCUCCCCCUCUCCGCCUUCCUCCCCCUCCUCCUCCUCGCUUGCUCCCUCCCUCCCGGCCCCCCCUCGGCGCGAGCGGAGCGCGGAGUCACCGCGGCGCACAGACGGGCCCGGCGGCGGCACUCGCACACAAUGGCGCUGAAACGCAUCAACAAGGAACUUAGUGACUUAGCUCGAGAUCCUCCAGCACAGUGUUCUGCAGGGCCUGUUGGAGAUGACAUGUUUCAUUGGCAAGCCACAAUUAUGGGACCUAAUGACAGUCCAUAUCAGGGUGGUGUAUUCUUCUUGACAAUUCACUUUCCUACAGACUACCCUUUCAAACCACCUAAGGUUGCAUUUACGACAAGAAUCUAUCAUCCAAAUAUUAACAGUAAUGGCAGCAUUUGUCUUGAUAUUCUAAGAUCACAGUGGUCUCCUGCUUUAACUAUUUCUAAAGUUCUCUUAUCCAUUUGUUCACUGUUAUGUGAUCCAAAUCCAGAUGACCCACUAGUGCCAGAGAUUGCACGUAUCUAUAAAACAGACAGAGACAAGUACAACAGAAUAUCUCGGGAAUGGACUCAGAAGUAUGCCAUGUGAUGCUACCUUAAAGUCAGAAUAACCUGCAUUAUAGCUGGAAUAAACUUUAAAUUACUGUUCCUUUUUUGAUUUUCUUAUCCGGCUGCUCCCCUAUCAGACCUCAUCUUUUUUAUUUUUUUGUUUACCUCCUUCCAUUCAUGCACAUGCUCAUCUGAGAAGACUUUAGUUCUUCCAGCUUUGGACAAUAACUGCUUUUAGAAUCUGUAAAGUAGUUACACAAGAACAGUUGCCCAAGAUUCAGAUUUUUUUUUUAAUGGAGCAUGUGUAUUAUGUGGCCAAUGUCUUCAUUCUAACUUGGUUAUGAGAUUAAAAACAAACAUUCCUCACUGCUCUAACAGAUACUGAAGAUAUCACCUGCAGGGGGGAGGGGAGAUGGAUGUUCAUUUUUCUCUCAUCAAAGAAGUAACAUUGCUGUAGCAACAUCCAUCUUGUUCCAAACCUUACAGUGUUAGAGAACUGAGGUUUUAUUAUAUGCUUUUGCUCAUAACUGAUGUGUCUGGAGAAUUGGUACUGAAUCUAUAGCAUCAGCAGAACAGAAAAUGUGAUGUAUCUUAUGCAUGUCAAUAAAGGAAUGACCAGUUCUUGUUUUACAGAGAAUGGAAAUUGGAAGUCAAACAUCCCUUGUAUUCCAAAAAUAGGGUCUAAGAACAUUUUUGUAAUUCAUUUAAAUUUUGUUAGGAGGCUUGGAGCUAUUAGUUAAUCUGUCUUCCAGAACACUGUUUAAUAUAAGCACUGAAUAAAUGAUGCAAGUUGUCAAUGGAUGAGCGAUCAACUAAUAGCUCUACUAGUAACUGAUUUAUUUUCUUCAAUAAAGUUGCAUAAACCAAUGAGUUAGCUGCCUGGAUUAAUCAAUAUGGGAAACAAAAUCUUUUGUAAAAGCAAAGCUGGUUUUUGUAUAUACUGUUGGGAUUUGCCUCAUUGUUUAACAUCAAAUAAUGAUGUAAAGUUCAAUAGAGUAAAUCUUUUGCCAUUUUCAGUUACAAUGCUCAGUCUGUUGCAGGUUGACACAUUGAUCAGCCUGAUGUAUGCAGAAUUAAUAAGCUAACAUAGUAGUGUAGCCUUAGUAGUGUGCUACACUUGGUGCUGGGAGCCCAGCGUUCAAGGAUGGACUUGGGACCCAGCAGAUCAGAAGUGGUGUAUUGUGGAGAUACUUCCUGAUGCACCUGUGUUUGCUGACUGAGAACCUUUUUCUUCACCUUGUACACUUGACAGCUGAAAGAUCUUAAUGUGGGAGUAAUGAUGAGGCAAAAAAUAUAAAAUAAAGUACUGUUUUGAUGUGGGAAUUGUCAUGAGGCUGUGUUGAAGUGACUUUACUAUGUGGGAUGUUCGUUACCAUUGAAAAGGACUUGUUCAGCCAUGCUGCCAUUUACAUUGAUGACUAUUUUAAUGCAACAGACACUUUCUUCAUGUCAGGUGACUAAACGUGAAUAAAGACUCAUUGCUGUUGGAUUUUUGUUCUACAAGAAA